AUGGACAAUAGUGGCCACCACACGGCGACCAAAAUCCUAGCGACUCCUCCGGCCAGAGAAAGCCUGUCUGCCAGGAGCAACAUGAUCAGCACGCCCAAGCCCCUCGCCUUCUCCAUUGAGCGCAUCAUGGCGCGGACGCCAGAGCCCCGCUCCAUCCCCGUCCCGCAGCUCCUCCACGGCUCCGUGGCCAAAGGCGACCCCAAGCACCCGCUGCACCUCAACUCCUCCAUCCCCUGCAUGAUCCCCUUUGUCCCGGUGGCGUACGACCCCCUGCCCAAAGCGGCGGUGGCCGGAGCGGAACCCAGGAAGGCUCAUUUAGACUCCUCUUCCUCGCCCUCCUUUAGCUGCGGCGAUCUCUUGAACUGUGCCCUGAGCUUGAAAGGAGAUUUCCCCCGCGAUGCCCUGCCCUUGCAGCAGUACAAACUGCCCAAGGCUUAUCUGGCGGAGAGGAACAAGCUGGUGCUGCCGGCGGUGGAGAAGUACCCGGCGGGGGUCGCCUUCAAGGACUUGUCGCAGGCUCAGCUGCAGCACUACAUGAAAGAAAGUGCUCAGAUCCUCUCGGAAAAAAUCGCCUACAAGACCUCGGAGUUCAGCCGCGGCUCCCCGAGCAGCAAGCCCAAAGUUUUCACCUGUGAAGUUUGUGGAAAGGUAUUUAAUGCACAUUAUAACUUAACUCGCCAUAUGCCGGUGCACACGGGAGCCAGACCCUUUGUUUGCAAAGUUUGCGGGAAGGGCUUCAGACAGGCGAGCACGCUUUGCCGGCACAAGAUCAUCCACACGCAGGAAAAGCCACACAAGUGCAACCAGUGCGGCAAAGCCUUUAACCGGAGCUCGACCCUGAACACACACACGCGAAUACACGCCGGCUACAAACCUUUUGUCUGUGAAUUUUGUGGCAAAGGAUUUCACCAGAAAGGCAAUUACAAAAACCACAAGCUGACCCACAGCGGGGAGAAGCAGUUCAAGUGCAAUAUCUGCAACAAGGCUUUCCACCAGGUGUACAACCUGACCUUCCACAUGCACACCCACAACGACAAGAAGCCCUUCACCUGCCCCACCUGCGGCAAAGGCUUCUGCAGGAACUUUGACCUCAAGAAACACGUCCGCAAACUGCACGACAGCGCCCUGGGACUUGCCCGCUCACCUCCCGUAGAGCCGGGCUGGGGGGUCAUUUCCGAGCACGGGGGGCCGCUCCGGGACACGCGGAGCCCUCGCAAGUGGGUGGUUUGGUCCCGCGGGGGGGACACCCCUGCUCUUGCCUGGGUUGUACGGCGCCUGGGGUCCGCGCUGAGUUUUGGCUGUAUGGGAAGAGCCGCGAUGGUUAUAAUCCCGCUUAAAGUGUUACAUUCCACUCCCACUCCCACCCCUACCCCGCCGGGGCUGACCCUCUCAAAGCUGUUGGCAGCCUUUAAGUUUUUUAACUUUCAAGUUGUCCCACCGUGCACCUCUGAAGGUGGCUGGGAGGAGAAGCGCCUCUUUCUCCUUUCCCCCAUCUCGGAUGACCGAGGUAAUCCUCUCGACGCCCGGCUGGACGUGUAA